AUUCACAAAAAAAAUAUUAACAAAAUUGACAAAAUUGUGCUGUCAUUUUUCUAUUCAUCGAAUCAAUCAUUGUUGAUUUUGUAAAACAUUAUUUUGAUAAAAGUAGUGGAAAAUGUUUCGAGCUAACAAUUUUGAUAAAUUACUUGAUAAAGCGACUAGUAAUCUGCGCUUAGACCCUGAUUGGCCUACGAUAUUGCAAAUUUGUGAUCUAAUUAGGCAAAAUGAUUGCUCACCCAAAUAUGCAGUGGCUGCUGUUAAAAAGAAACUAUACUCUCAAAACCCACAUCAGGCUAUGUUUGCAUUACUUACACUUGAAAGCAUUGUCAAAAAUUGUGGCUCUGGUGUACAUGAUGAAGUGACUUCCAAAGUGUUCUGUGAAAUGCUCCGUGAUCUGGUCAAGUCGACACAACACGAAAAUUUGCGCACCAAAAUUCUAGAGCUCAUACAAGCCUGGGCUUUUGCUUUCCGCAACUCACCCAAGUAUAGAGCUGUUCAGGAUACAGUGAACAUACUGAAGGCUGAAGGAUUCAAGUUCCCUACAUUGAAAGAGUCAGACGCAAUGUUUUCUGCUGAUACUGCCCCAGAAUGGGCAGAUGGGGAAGUCUGCCACAGGUGUCGUGUAGCGUUCUCUCUGAUGGUCCGUCGCCACCACUGCCGUGCUUGUGGUCAAGUGUUCUGUCAGCAGUGCAGCUCCAAAACUUCCACCUUGCCCAAGUUUGGUAUUGAGAAAGAGGUACGAGUGUGCGAUGCCUGCUUUGAUAAAGUGAGCCGGCCUCCUUCUUCUACUGCGAAGCUUGAAAUCGUUGACACAUCCAAUGACUAUGGACCUACUCAACCUCAGAAGCGUCCCCCCGGCGGGAAGACUGCCGAAGAAUUGCAAGAGGAAGAGGAGUUGCAGCUGGCUCUGGCCCUCAGCCAGUCCGAGGCGGAACAGAAAGAGAAGGAGCGGAAGUCUCGCUCGCACAUCGCGCCUGAAACUACUCUCCAUCCUACACUGUCCCCAACUCCGUCGUCUGUCAGCGCUUCGCCCGAGCACAGCACGCAAGGCAACUCGGAACUGUCCCGGUACCUAGACCGGAACUACUGGGAGCAGCGCUUGUCCCGGGACACGGCUGCCGCAGCGCCCACCGCUCCGGCCCAGGCUAGCGCUUCGCACGUCUCACAUGAUCCUGUUGAUGAAUUCGUGAAACCAACCACAAGUAAAGCUCAAGAAGAUGACGCCGAAGAUAAAGAAAUUGACGAAUUUGUGGAAACACUCAAGUCACAAGUUGAGAUAUUUGUCAACAGAAUGAAAAGUAACUCUUCCAGGGGAAGAUCUAUCGCGAACGACACCUCAGUGCAAACUCUAUUCAUGAACAUCACGGCUAUGCACUCUCGCCUGCUGAGGUACAUACAGCAACAGGAUGACAAACGCGUGUAUUUGGAGAGCUUACAGGACAAAGUGACCCAAGUGCGCGACAGCCGUGCUGCCUUAGACACGCUUAGGGCGGAACACGCGGCGCGUCUCGCGGCCCAAGCAGAAGCCGCCGAGCGCCAGCGCCAGAUGCAGAUGGCGGCCAAGCUGCAGGCCAUGCGCAAGAAGAAGCACGAGUACUUGCAGUACCAGCGGCAGUUGGCUCUGCAGAGAGUCCAAGAGCAAGAAAGAGAAAUGCAAAUGAGGCAGGAACAGCAGAAGCACCAGUACAUGAUGUCGACCAACAGCGGCUACUACAUGCCCGGCGUCAGCGCGCCGCAGUACCAGCCCGCCUUCCCGGCGCCGCUCUACGCCGGGCCCUACCAUCCGCAGAUGAUGCCUCAGCCCGACCAGGCCCUGCCCAUGCCCGGCCAGCCCCAGAUGUCCCAGCCCAACGUCCAACUCCCCCAGCCAAUGCCCCAGAUGACCAACGCCUUCGCCAUGUCCACCUCCGGCGUCGCCAUCAGCCAGGCUCCCGUCACCGCACAACCCUCCGCCACCGCCAACGUCCGUCAACCCAUCAACCAGACCCCUCUGCAGCAGCAGAUGAUGAUGCAACAAAUGCACCAGAUGCGAAUGCCCAUGCAAGCCGGAGUACACCAGAUGAUGAUGCAGAAUAUCCCCAACGGAAUGACCGCGCCCAACGCCCAGCCCAGCCAGGCGCAGCUGAAACAGAACCUCCCGAAUCAGCCCCAGCAACAGAAUAUGAUGCCGCCGAUGUCGACCGGCCAGCCCAAUAUGCCGCAGAACAUCAUGAACGCCAACACCGCUCUCGGGAUGCAGAUGCAGAACAUGAGAAUGUCCAUGAUGCCAGGAAACCAAAACGCUAGUCAAGUCCCCGUUUCCGCUUACUCCGUUCCCAAUCAGCAGAAUAAUCAAAUCGGGAGUCAAGGGCCGAGUAUGCAGCAACCCGGGCAACCCAUGCCCGGUCAGCCGAUGUCGCUCCAGGGACAGAUGAUGCAAGGUCAACAUCCCGGCAUGCCCUUGCCCAACCACAUUCCGAACCAAGGCCAGAACGCUCCGCUUCAAGGCCAGCAAAUGCCGCAGGCCCAAACUCAACAACCGCCCCCGCAGCAGGGUCAAGUGACGCAAAAUCAGCCGAUGCCGAUGCCAAAUCAGCCUGGACAAAUGAUGAUGCACGGACAAAUGCCUCACGGUCAAAACAUUCCGCAGCAAGGUCAAAUGGUCCCCGGACAACAGAUGGUCCAAGGACAGCAGAUGCCGCACCAGAUUCCACCUCAUCUGCAAGGCCAGGUCCCCCAAGCCCAGCCGCCUCAGCAGGCGCCGCAAAUGCAACAAGGUCAGCCUAUGCAUCAAGGGCAGUCGAUGCCUCAGGGACCACAGAUGCCGCCAGGGCAGGGCAUGCCUCAGGGACAACCCAUGCAGCAAAAUAUGCCAGGUCAACCCAUGAAAAUGCAGCAACAGAAUUUCAACGGGCCCCCUCCUGGCCCACAACCGCCUAACCCUAGCCAGACCUCCCAACAAGUUCAGACCCCUGUCAAAUCGGAACACAAUAACAACACAGCGGAGCUGAUCAGUUUCGACUGAAAUCCCGUACGUGAAUAAUAUUAUGGAGAUAUGUAUUUAUUAAAUGACCAGCUUCAUGUUUGAUGUUAAGUAAAAAAAGUUGCAAUAAUACGCACUUAGAUGUGCGAGUUUUAACCAAAAUAUUUUCGUGUAAUUUUGGUGAAUAAUAACAAUUUUAUAAUAUUUAAAAGUAUAUACCGAUUAACUGUAGAAUAAUGUUUGAAUCGCAUAAUGACAGCAUCCAAAGAAUUUUAUUUAGACAGCAAAAGUUAUUGGUGCCUUGAUGUCUCGAAAUAACUGAAUGUGUCGGUACUCUGCCAUCUUCUAGAAAUUAACAUUAUCUAAGUACCUACUGUUUGGCAAAACUUCUUUGGAUAUAACUACAUCACAGAUAUUAAUAUUUCAUUCAUUUUCUAUGAUACUUUUUAGCUAUAAUGGAAUGUUCCUCACAUUGAGCUAGAGUCUUUCUUUUGCCACAUUUAGUCACAAAUAUUUAAUUUAAUGCUAAUACACAAAAUAACAAUUUUUCCUCUAAAUUUAUCGUCUGAUCAUUCUUUUUUUAUAACUAAUGCAAAAUGCCUUUGUGAGGACUCAAUUUAGAUUGUUAUGGCCUUGUAAUCUAUGUAAAUGCAAACAUGUAAAAUAUUAUGUGUCGUUCGUAGUUUAUUUAGAUAAUAUUUAACGUAUAGUAAAGUAAUUGAAACAUAGAAAUUCAAAUAUUUUUGUUUUAUUUUUUAUUGCUGAACAAUAUUGUUUUGUUAUUUUUAUUACAAUAAGUUCUAUUACACUGUAUGAUACCAAUAAAGUUGUAAAAUAAUA